GCACCCCCGUCCCACCUCCUUCUCUACCUUAGUGCACUAUGUACGCAGUAGGUGUGUCUCCCCCCCACCAUUCCCACCAUUAUCACCUGCUCGCUGCCGCUGCCGCUGCCGCUGCCACUGCCUCUGAGUCCCUCAGCUCCGUCGGCUCGUCCUCUCCAGCCUCUCUCUCUCCACCAAGAGAGACAGGUUUUCCUAUUUCCAACACCAUCUUUCAACCUCGUCCAUCACUCCGUCACAGAUUACUCAAACCCGAGUUCUUCUUGGCAUCGAGAGAGCGAAGUCUCCCACCGAAUUCAUUCGGCGCGAGGCACUGCGCUUUACACUUUGCGCCCGGCACAUUUUCAUCCCGUGUUCCCCACGCACCUCGAACAGAACCCCACGACAAGCCGUGCCUUUACCUUCCAUACACUGCCUUGUGCGCAACCUGCUGAGCCUCUCUCACCUAUUUCACCCCGACAUACUUCAACGACUGUCGCUAUCGGCCUACGACCGCGCCAAUCGAGUUCAUUGAUCAGGAUAUCACGAAUCGGAUAUUGCAAAAGGGAAGGCGCACAAGAUUCGACGGUGUUCCCACGACAGCGCCAUUUGCAGUUCGGGCUUUGACAUUCUCCGAGCCGGAGUCGCAACCUUCAGUGUAGCCAUGAUGGACGCCGCCUCUUGGAACCCUCAGGACCCGGCCUUGGCACCAAACCACGAUGAGGAGUUUCAGCAAUUCUUGGACUUGGGUGGGAUGAGCAACCUCAGCGAUGCGAUGCCCUUCGAUUUCAACGACUAUCAGACUGGCAGCGGGACCGGCAUAAUGCAUCAGCCUGGUCGCGAGCAGAUCGAUACUCAGAUGGGAGGAACCGACACGUCCAUGCUCAUGGGAGCUACCACUUCUGCUAUGCAAGCGCAGCUUAUCAACAUGACAACGGCCGCCGCGCACCCUGCUAUACAGACUCAAAUGAUUCCCCCGUCGACGUCAACAGAUGCCAUUACCGAAAUUGACGCCCAGAUACAGUACCUACAGCAGCAAAGGAUGCAACAGCAACAUCGCCAGAUACAAGAACAGCAAGUCGCAUACUACGCUAGCCAGACACACGCUGUUCCCCCUACACCUCAGAGUCUCGAAAUGCCGCCUGCCAGCAACCAGUUCUACUCAAACGACCAAAGCCAGACGCCCAUGUUUGGCAGCAGGUAUCAAAGGAUGAAGGAGCAGCAGGAUAUGGCUUUCACUCCCUUGGUCUCGCCUGCUGUAACACCGUUGGAUCCUCAUUUCCAGAUGGAAGCUGGCGGGUUCACAAUUCCAGGUGCAUACUUUAGCCCUCUCACCUCGCCGGCAUUACACGCGCAAAGUGACCAGGGACUGCUUUACGACCGUCGGUCGUCCCUCUCAAACCACAAUUCACCAGCCGAGAUGGAUAUCGAAACCACAACCACGCAACAGCCGGUGGUAGAUUUAUCAAAGAAAGCCCGCAAGACUAACGCCUCGAGAGCCAAGGCCAAAUCUAGUGUGCGACAGUCGCCGAUUUCAAAACCACAGCGCAAAAGGGCAACACCCACGCCGAAGAUGGUAUCACAGGCUCUCUCGGAAAUGCGGGAGGUGAACGAGGAUGGGUUGGAUCAGAUGCUUCCUUCGACGGCUCUGCCAGCCCCGAUGAGCAGCGAGGAGUCCGAAAAUGCGUCAGUAUCGCCUGAGAACCUGUCGGAUAUGCCCCCGCCACCUCUUCCGCAACAGAAGCAAUCGAGCAAAUCACCCUUUAUUCAACCUCAACCUCAACCCCAGCCUCAUCCCGCGAUUCCAGCUCACGUUCAAGGGAAGCCGUCUCCCGCCACCCCGGCCUCUCUCAUGAAGCUGCCUGCUUCCAGCGCAAACAACUCCGCCUCAUCAAACCCUCUCGAUCUAGGCCCAUCAGACCACAUUGAAUCGUUCGAGUUGCCCGAAUCCGUGAACUUUUCUUCGUCAAAAACGAAACCCCCUAGACUGGACACAUCAACGCCGACUCAGUCGCCUCUGGACCCUGGCACAGCUACGGGCUCAUCUUUCCAGCCGCUGCCUUCCCCCGUAUUUGCCAAACCCACCGCUGCGGCGUCAGCCAGCGCGAGCCCGAACCUUGCUCCUGGAUCUUCAGGUCCAUCGGCGCGGAAAACGCCAAAGCUGUUGGCCAGGGGAAGCCAGAGCAAGAGGGGAAGCGUGAGCUCGGUACACGUGUCGCCUGCGUUGCGGCCGAGAAUAUCUCCUAGCAUCAAGCCGCUCCUCCCUGGAACCCCCGGUGGCAUGUCCGCCGAAGACACGGCAUCUCGUCUGUUAAUGUCAAAGUCUAACUAUCAGAACAUCCUCGAGGGCAAUACCGUACCCGGUGUGACAUAUCCCAGCGAACUAUCGACCAACCUCACAUCAAAACGUACUUCCCACAAGAUUGCGGAACAGGGCCGCCGGAACCGAAUCAACUCGGCAUUGCAAGAGAUUGCGACGCUGCUGCCGCAGCCGCCAAAGGAAUCCAAGAGCGAAAGCGAAGAGAGGAAAGAGAGAGAAAAAGAGGCCAAGGCUGGAGGGGCGCCGAACAGCAAAGCCAGCACCGUUGAGCUGGCCAUUGAGUACAUUAAACAGCUCAAGCAGGAAGUCGCCGAUGCCACCAAGCGAGCCGAGGAGGCGGAGAAGAAGUUGGAGCUCAAGGAAAAGUCCUUGGAGCAGAAGGAGGCGGUGGAGAGCUAGACGAGCGCGUCUGUAAUGAUGGCCUUGAGAGCCACGGAGACAAUAUGUUGGUCAAAAGACCGGGCGGGCAUGAUAUACGAAGUAAUUAAGGGGGGCAUAGAGGGACAUCUGGAGUCGUAUAACCAUUAGGAAACAUAUCCUCCUGCCACGUUUGCUGUACUUGGCCGCCUUAGGGGUCAUCGCCGGCACAAGCCUGCCUGAAGCGAAGGUACUAGGCUCAGG